UUCUAUGAUCGUUCAGUGCAGUAUGUGAAUUUCAAGUGCGUCUAAUUAUUUGAGUUUUUAUUUCCAGUCAAUUGAUUCAGCGCUUGAUUUUUCUUUCAACGAGUUCAAUAUAUUAGGAAUUACCAGAAAUGGCAGAAAAUUUCCCGCCUUCACGUGUUGAGCUCGGAGCUUUGGACAAGAAGAGGACUGCCUUGUUCCUGUGUGAUAUACAAGAAAAAUACAAAGACGUCAUGCAUCGAUUCCCAGAAGUCGUCGCAAAUACUAAGAAACUCGUGCAGGGCUGCAUUCACAUGCAGGUGCCGUACGUGGUGAGCGAACAGUCCCCCGCGGUGCUGGGCCGCACGGUCAAAGAGAUCGAGACGUACGAGGCCGUGGCCGUGGUCUCGAAAUUCAAGUUCAGCAUGAUUGUGCCAGAGAUGGAACAGCAUCUCGAGACCCUUUGUGACGGUAGCUUGGCCAGCGUCAUACUUUGUGGGAUGGAGACACACAUUGAGAUCGAACAGACGGCCAUCGAUCUACUAUCGCGCGGCAUCCAAGUGCACAUCGUGGCAGACUGCUGCACCACGCGCUCUAUAGACGACCGUAACCUUGCUCUGCAGCGUCUAUCACAGAUCGGCUGCUUCAUCUGCACAUGUGAGAACGUUCUCUUCAAGCUGCUCGAAAGCAAAGAACAUCCCAAGUUUAGAGUCGUCGCCCAACUGGUCAAACGUGUAUCCCAGAGCAAUGCCCUCUCUGCUCUCUUCUAA